UCCAAAGACAAAAAAAAAUGAUAUUGUUGUCCUAUUCUCUCUCUUACCCAUACUGCCCAAUUCUCCACUUUUCAUAUUUCAAUCCUGCCCUAACUGCCCGUAAAGAAAAAACCUUUCCCUCUGUUACAAGCACUCUCUCCCGCUUUCCCACUCAACACCCUCUCUCUCCUCAAAAUUCCACUUUUCUUAGGAAUUUGUCUUAAUUCUCAAAUGGGUUUUUGUUACAUGUGUUGAUUGAUCCUUAAUACCAUGUUUCAAUACUAUGCUAUUGUUCUUGUUUUGUAGAGUAGAUCAUGAUGAUGAUGAGUUUUUUUUGAAGUUUUUUUUUUUUGGUUUUUAAUAUUAAGUUUGAGACUUUUUGGUAUGAGAAGUUGUUUGUAAGAGUUUCUAGAAGAUGGGGUUUGGGAAAAAGAAUGCAAUCAAAGCAGGGAGUUUAGAAGUUGACAAGUCAAAGGUUGAUGUUGUAAAGAAAGAGAGAAGAUGGCGGUUUAGAUUCAGUUUCAUUGGAUGUUGCAAAUCUUCAACAUCAAAAUUUGAUAGUAACUCAAUUUGUUGCAAUGGCACUACUAGUACACAAAAUGGUGAUAAUGUCAAGUCGGUUAUAAUUCAAUCAGAGGAAAACAAAUCUGUAUUUGAAAUCGACACAAAGGAUUCAAGUGCUCCCGCAGAUUCAUCUACAACAACUAGUAAUGGUGAAAGUAUCUCCUCAACUUCGAAAUUCAGCGAGGAGUUAAAGUUUGCUUCUUGUUUAAGAAAAUUCACAUUCAAUGGGCUUAAGGUAGCAACUAGGAAUUUCAGACCAGAGAGUCUUCUAGGUGAGGGAGGGUUUGGUUGUGUUUUCAAAGGUUGGAUUGAAGUGAACGGAACCGCGCCUGUGAAACCGGGUACCGGACUUACGGUCGCUGUUAAGAUUCUCAACCAUAAUGGACAUCAAGGUCACAAAGAAUGGCUUGCUGAAUUAAACUAUCUCGGCGAUCUUGUUCAUCCUAAUCUUGUUAAAUUGAUAGGUUUUUGUAUUGAAGAUGACCAAAGACUAUUGGUUUACGAGUUUAUGCCGCGGGGAAGUUUGGAGAAUCACCUCUUCAGAAGGCCCUUGCCUCUACCGUGGUCGAUCAGAAUGAAAAUUGCGCUUGGUGCUGCAAAAGGUCUUGCUUUUCUCCACGAAGGAGCUCAAAGACCGGUGAUAUAUCGGGAUUUCAAGACAUCUAAUAUUCUAUUAGAUGCGGAAUACAAUGCGAAGCUUUCUGAUUUUGGACUCGCUAAAGAUGCUCCUGAGGGUGAAAAAACACAUGUAUCAACAAGAGUUAUGGGAACGUAUGGUUAUGCUGCUCCGGAAUAUGUGAUGACCGGACAUUUGUCAUCAAAAAGUGACGUCUACAGCUUUGGAGUAGUGCUACUCGAAAUGCUCACUGGCCGGCGAUCCAUUGACAAGAAAAGACCGAACGGAGAGCACAAUCUGGUGGAAUGGGCAAGACCUAUACUUGGAGACAGGAGGAUGUUCUACCGAAUAAUCGAUCCCCGUCUCGAAGGUCACUUCUCAGUUAAAGGCGCGCAGAAAGCAGCACAGCUGGCUGCUCAAUGCCUUAGCCGCGACCCAAAAUCUAGACCUUUGAUGAGUGAUAUUGUUCAAGCUUUAAAGCCUUUGCCAAACCUUAAGGAUAUGGCUGUAUCAUCUCAUCAAUUCAAGAUUGCACGAGUUGAUCGAACUAUGUCCAUGCCGAAUCCUAAAAACAGUGUUAGAACAGAUUUAGCAUCUUUACCGAAAAAGGGUCAGCCUGUAAGGACGUUGUCGAGUUCAAAUUACGGUAACGGCUCUCCAUAUCCUCGUCAUAGCAACUCUCCAAAACCUAUUAUGUAAAAAUGAAUGUUUGGUAAUUUCAAUUUUCUAUCAUGUUCAUUCGGGUCACUCAAAUUAAACCAUCAUUCCAACAUCAACUGUGACUUUUUAUCAUUGAGUUUCUCUGAAACCCGAGGGACUCGUUAAAGACGAAGUCGUCUUGUUUCAUUGUUUAAUCUCAAACUAUGGUAACUAUAUAGUACUGACACUUCACACUUCAGACUGAACUUAAAGCGUGUCAGACAUGUGUUAGGGUCUGACAUUGACAUGUUUGAUUAUAUUUAAUUAUUUGUAUUUUUUCAAAUUAUUAUUAAUGUUUACAGUGUCAUGUAUCAUGUUUA